UAUCCCAUUCUUAUUCUUUAUUACAAACUAUUAUUAUCAUCAUCGAAUCAAAUUACAAAUGAUCACAUGAUUGGUCGUGUAGUGUGGGGAGACAUCUUAUCUCAUGUGCCAAUAUGCCUAAUUAAUUAAUUGAACACUUCCCUCUAUAUAAGACCUUAGCUUUGGCUCAUGUUAAAAUAUAUUCUCCCAAGUUUUAUAUAUUUUUCUCUUCAUAACACUUUACACAUUCUCACAAAUGGCGUCUGUUCAAUAUGGUAUGGAUCAAGGAAUGGAGAUUUUUAACAAUGAGCUUAUGAUCAUGUCGUUUCUGGAAGAAGAAUCGCCUCUCGAUAAUCAUAGUAGCAUCAACAAAGAGGAAGAAGAGGAACUAAACCGCGUGAUUAGAUCUUUAGAAGUGGAGAUCAACUCGAGUUCUUCUCCGCCCAUAGAAUCUCAGGAAAAUGAUCUCCAACAGGAGAAAUCCGGGAUAGAAGAUGAUUUCGGGUGGCUUAACGACUUUGAUAUCGGUGUGGUUUCGUCUCAAAAUGCUGAGGACAUGAUGAAUUGGUGUACGGAGCUUUCUUACAUGAAUGGUGUGGAUAGUAGCGCUCUCGAUAUUGAAGGUGGCGAUUAUUAUUCUCAUAUUAACUAUGGACUUACAUUUGAGGAACCAACUCUUUCUUUGUGGCAAGAGAGUAAUGAUGUAGUUAUGUAUUGAUUGAUUGGUCUCGUGAAGUCAUAAUAAUAUAGCAACAAACACUGUUUCAUA